CCUCGACCAUCCAUCCACCCUCCUCUACCGCACGCCCACAAUGGCAGGCCGCAACAUGCUCAGCCUGCCUAUCCCUUCCUCGGCCAACCUCUCUGGCCCGCUUUCAAUAGCACUUCGCCAGGCCAUCACCUCCCACGCAGGUGAAAUGCACCACGCCGACGCAUUCGCGUCCGACAUCUCCUCCCUCGUUCAGUUGCGCAACGCCGUCGCGAGCAUGGAGGAGCACUUCGCCAGCCUAGAAGCAGCAUAUCGAUACCAUGCACAGCUCGUCUUUGCGGGUACGAAGCUGUCUGCUGAUCUGCCCCUCGCCUUCCCCUGGGCACAGCCCUUCGUCUCCACGUCCGUGUGGGCUUCCUCUUCAUCGACUAGUACACGGCCAGCAGCGUUGGCGGAGACGGCUGCUGAGCUGGUCAGCCAGGCGAGCAACGCGGAGAGCUUUGGCAUCAACUUUGGAGGCAUGGCAUUCGUGGGCCAUACGACGCUGGAGUGGGAGAGGGCCAACGUCCUCUUUGCAGCUGCGGCCCUGCUGAGCUCACUUGCGGCGCAGGAGCCGCGUAAUGACGGCAAUAGCAUCAAGAGGGCCGUCGGGUUCUUCCAGGCUGCAUCUGCCAUCCUAUCACAUCUCGUUGACGUCGUUGUGCCUGGACUGAGGCUGGAAGAGACUUCGCCGCCGCACGGGUUCACGGCUGCGAGGCUGAGGCCUCUGGCUACCUUGACGCUAGCGCAAGCGCAGGAGUGCUUCUGGCAGAAGGCUGUCAGUGAUGGGAUGAAGCCCGGCACCGUCGCCAAGCUAGCGGCAGCAGUCGAAGAUCUCUACUCUCAAGCCCUCACCGAAGGCAAACAAGCAGAAGCAGACGAAGGAGUCGAGACUUUCCCUCGCACAUGGCUCAACCACAUCACAGUAAAACGACAUCACUUCGCUGCCGCCUCGCAAUUCCGCAAGUCACAGGACGACCUGGCCUCAUCACGGUACGGCGAUGAGAUUUCGCGACUUCAUCUGGCGGAGGGCCAUGUCAAGUCUGCGUUGGCGGCGGCAAAGAAGGGCUUGCCCGCUUCAAGUGAGGCGAUUCAGAGUGACCUGAGAGGGCUGCAGGGCGUGAUCGAGGGAAAUCUGAAGAGAUCAAAGAAGGACAACGACCUCAUCUACUUGGAGCCGGUGACGCCUGCGGGGAGCUUGACGGUCGUACAGGGGGCAAGAAUGGUGCAGGCCAAGCUGCCUGUCGAGGUGGCGCGACCUAUUGACUGCUUAGGGGCGGGAAGCGGUAGUGAUGCGCCUUCGCUGGGCCGCCCACUCUUUGGCGCCCUGGUGCCGUACGGCGCGCAUCUGGCCAUCAGCGUCUAUGAGGAUCGCAAGGAGAGCUGGUGGAGAGAUGCGGUCGAGGCCAAGCGGCAGGAACUCGAGGCCGUCGUACGCAGCACGAUGGAGAGUCUCGACCUGCCGCACGUCCUCAAUGAGCUAGACAGCUCGCGGGCCGGCAGCAACGCGGAUACCGUCCCGCCGAGCCUACUCAGCAAGGCACAUCAGGUUCAAUCAGAAGGCGGUCUGCCUCACCUUGAACAGCUCCGCGGCGACGUCUCACGCAUGGCCCAGCUCAACGCCUCCAUCCUCGCCGAAGCACGCUCGACACUGGAUGGCGAAGCUCGCGAGGACUCGGAGGUGCGGUCGCAGUUCGCAGGAUCGAAACACUGGACGCGCCAAGAGAGCAGCAUUGCGGGGCAGAGCUACCGUAAGCGGUUGGAGGAGCUAGCCGGCACGCUCAAGAUGGCUGGGGAGAGUGACAAGGUGGUCCAGAGCAAAGUCGACAAAUGGUUGCCCAGCUGGCAGAUACUCGAGGCUGGUGAGCAGGGCAUCGCGCAGAGCUUGGAGCGUCUACGCGCCGAGCACGAGGAAGGGGAGCUCAUUCCCGCAUCAUCAAGAGCGCCCAAGGUCACCUCUUCCAGCCCCAUUGUCCGCGACCUCCGCAAGACGCUCGAAGCGACCGAGGACGCCCUAGCGGAAUUCGCCUCACUCUCCGGCGAAACGCGUUCCCUGGUCCGCGGCGACGAUGUACGAGAGAAGGUGAUGCGCGAAACGGCACGGCUGAGCAGCGGGUCUAACGAUGGCGGUGCUGCACUCGACCUGGGGCCGGAGGCAUUCGAACCUCUCUUUGCGGCCGAGUUCAAGAAGUAUCGCUCCCUCGAGGUCGAGGUGGGGCAUAUUGAGGCGUCCCUCUCUAACCUACUUCAGCAACUUCAAGCAAAGCGCGCCACCCUACAAGAGCAGAUGGACGCGGCUCGACCGAGCUCAGACUUGUCAAGUCGUGUUUCUGCGCACCUCUUAAAUUUGUGCACCGCAGCAGGAAAGUACAGCGAGGUGCUGGCGAAUGUCAGCGAGGGUCUCAACUUCUACAAUGGGCUGUCGCCGAUAUUGCGCGACCUGGCUGAUGGGUGUCUGGACUGGGCUCGUGCGAGGGGCAUCGAUGUUGAAACGCUUGUGGCUAGAUUCGAGGGGACUAGCCUCAGUGGCAGUGGUGCAGCAAAGGCGAGGGGGAGCCAGGCGUCAGCGGCCCCGGUGGCGACCCCUUCGCCGAGGCGGUCGACGAGGAACAAGGCUGGUGCGACUGGAACGCCCGUGAGCGGCGCAAAAAAGACGCGGUCGUCCGGAAGGAUAGCGCUGGAAGGGAAUGGGACUCUCGAUGACGAGGAGGAGGACGAGCUGGCGGCGGUGCAGAAGGAGCUCGGGUUGGGGGACGACACGCCAACGAGUGCGAGCUCUUCUGCUCCGCCUCAGCCUCCGGCGCCACAGUGGGGCGCAUGGUCAGGAGGAUCGAUCCAAUUCGGUGAUUGA